AAUUAGUUUACAUGGUUAUGACAACUAAAAAUAACCUGCAGGGAACGUUCUGGGAAAGUUAUAUCUAGGUUAUAAAAAAUUAAACUUAUAAAUAACCUGCAGGAAACGUUCCUAGAACGUUCUUAUUUGGUUAAAAAAUAACGUUGGGGGAAUGUUUCUGUGUUUGUUGGGAUGAGCGCUCAGACUGAACUGAGAUUUGCCUCGCAAACAUUUCAGCAGAACCCGCAGGUGUUAUGGGAACCUGCUGACUAUUGGACUAGAUGAUCACUUGUUCUCUCACUGUACUGAAGGAGGCGCUGUGACGCGCUUAGUUCACCGGUAAAACCACUGAAGAAAGAGACGGUUGGAGCUCAGUCUCGAUGUUGAUCAUGAAAGCGCAGGUGGAUGUGAUCUGCUGUAAAUCAGUAGGAACUGAUCUGUCCAUGCUGGAUAUUGAGGAUUUCAUCACAGAAAUCUGUCGGCUGAAGAAAGAGGUGGCGUCACUGGAGGCAAAGCUGAGAGAAAGAGGACACAAACUGAACAGAGAGGAUGUGGAGAAGGCUUCAGUGCGUGUGGCUGAUGGGACAGAAGCUCAGGAUUCAGUCUGGAGCGUCAGAGAUCAGAGAUCCAGAGACACACAGGACUCAGAGCUCAGCCUCACUUUACUCUGUUAUACUGACGCUCAGGAUCAUGAAUCCACUGAUCAAACCUCUGACUGUAACGCUGGAGAACAGCAGAUGCUGCAGACGCCGCUGAAGAUGUGCUCCGUCAAACUGGUGGACUGCAGGAACCUGAUCGAGAGCAGAGCAGAAGAAACCACCGCAGAGGAACAACAACAGAGUCAUGAAGAAGAGAAUGAUGAGAAUAAUGGGAAUGAUGAAGAUGAUGAUGAAGAUUUCAUUCCUCCAGGUGAAACAUCUAGACUGCAGGCAGGCCAAUUCAGCACCCGAACUCUUCUACUACGAAGCCAUGCUGUUGUAAUAGCUGCAGUAUGUGGGUUUGCAUUGUCCUGCUGAAAUACACAAGGUCUUCCCUGAAAUAGACGUCAUCUGGAGGGGAGCAUAUGUUGCUCUAAAUCCUUUAUAUACCUUUCAGAAUUCAUAGUGCCUUCCAAAACAUGCAAGCUGCCCAUACUGUAUGCACUUAUGCAGCCCCAUACCAUCAGAGAUGCUGGCUUUUGAACUGAACGCUGAUAACACGCUGGAAGGUCUCCCUCCUGUUUAGCCCGAAGACCACAGGCAUCCAACAAAGGUCUUCGGCCUUGUCCCUUAAGCACAGAGAUUUAUCCAGUUUCUCUGAAUCUUUUGAUGAUGUUAUGCACUAUAGAUGAUGAGAUUUGCAAAGCCUUUGCAAUUUGACGUUGAGGAACGUUGUUUUCAAAGUAACGCACUCUUUCACAGAUUGGAGAGCCUCUGCCCAUCUUUACUUCUGAGAGACUCUGCCUCUUGUAGUGGACAGCACAUUUCAGGGCCCAGUUUAUGGCGGGGCCCCUCUCUGAUCACUAUAGCGGACAAGGGUUUGCUACAUUUUGAUUGGAUCUUGCUGGACUAACAAAAGAAAACUGUCCAACGCCAUCAGAUAAAGAUGCCAGGACAACAGCCAGACACCUUUAGUACAAAGCCGGGGAAGGACAGGACUUAUCAUUGGUUAAAAUGCAGUAUCUGCCCUUCACCCACCAACAGAUUGAUUCCUAAGGUUUUGGCCUGUGACCACCAUAAAAAUUCCUUAGGACCUCUGGAUGCAGCAGCAGUGGGUGAAACAAAAAGAGAUCACAAAGUUCCAUCCAAAUCCAUUAAUAUGGGACUUAAUGUGUUUGUAACAUUGUCAAAGGUAUUCUGGUUGUGGUUUGGUAAGUGAAUGAUGCAUUGGUAAAACUUCAGUGACACUUUUCUAAAUUUGUGUUUGGACUAUGCAAAUAAGUUCCACAGGAGGAAAGAAGGGUGGGCCACACCGUGUCCCCCGCUCUGAUGGAAACAGCCAAUCACAGCAUGGAAAUGGAGAAGCGCCAAAUUGCAAUCUCCUCUUCAUCAGAAAGAGAUAAAGGUACCUUCCAAAAAACGCUCCUCAUUCUGAGUCUGAGUCCUGUUACCGGGAAGGCAGCAACAGAAACAACCAGUUGUGAGUCUGAGUCCCGAAAGGGAGAGACACUAACAGAAACACCGAAGUUCUGAGUCUGAGGAAAGAGGCAAUAACAGAUACGCAGUACUGAGUCUCCAGCUUUGAGGCAGCAACAGAUACCACCACAUUCUGAGCCUCCAGCAUGCGAGGAAAGAAAUAAUCUACGUUCAGAUUUCGUCAUCUGGAGCCUUCGUCCAGCAAGACAACAACAGAUGCAGGACGUCCUGAGUCUCCAUCCUAGAGAGACAAAGCGGAUCGACCAAAUUCUGGUCUCUAGCCCAGAGAGGCAGAAGACACACAGACAUCUGCAACAAGGUUAAGUUCCGGUGAGCAAACCUUCACUCCAAGGUACUUUUUCUUGCAUGUUCCAGGCAAAGAACCUUCUGCACCUACUUCAGGGUCACAUCUGCAUGUUCCAGAUUUUAGGACCCUUUGGUGCUCCAAGAGAUCAGCAUCCUCCAGCACUUCAUGUUCAAGGCUGUCGAAACGGAUUCCUGCUCCUUUCCCCACUGCUUUGUUACCAGCACAACCAGUGGAUAAAGUCACCACCACCGGACGGCUCACUCAAUCACAGAGAACAAAACUAUCACCUAUCCAAACCUCUUCCAGAGACCUUGGCAUUGUUGUGUAUUAUCAGUAUAUGAUUUUAUCUAAUUGACAUUAGAUGUUAUAUAGCUGAUUGCAGUUGAUAACAAAUAAUCUUUCAGGUAUUUGUUUGAUGCAUAAAAAGGUUUUUCACCUUACCUGUUGCUAUGUCAGAGCUACGUUAUCUGAAAAGAUAAACUGUCAAUACUCUGAAACAUCCAACAUAACCACUUGCAUUUUAUGCAUCUUAUGCACUUUAUUCCUUUCCCAUUCAUGGUAUUCAUUUAGUAGUUGCUGAUUACUCUUGUCUAUCUUUUGUUAAUACAAUCUAUUUUAUUA